AUGGAUAGCGACGAGCAGCUUUCUCCUAUCGGCGAAUCGAGCGUCCCAGUUCCAAACAGGAUGCUAAGGCGAUUGAAGAGGGCUACAUCGAUCUCCGAUUUAUGUCCUGGAUCUGAAACCCAAGUGGGCGGUGACGAAGAUCUGGGGAAGCCUGGAUUGCAGUCUGCGAAGGAUUUCGAUGGGUCUGAAGAAGAAGACGGGCUGCGAUCCGAUCUCGAGGGUUUGGGUGUGGAGGAUGGAGUUACCGCGAGGAAGAUUCUCGAUUUUGAUUCGGUGCCUGAGAUUAACCCCUCGAUUAAAGAUUUGGGCGAGAAAGGUGUAGACGAAAUCUCUGAUUCGGAGAUAAGAGAGGAAAUUAGGGUUUCGGAAACGAAGGAAGCUGGAAAGGCGCAGCCGAGUUUCGAGACGAGCGGGCCUGAGUUUGAUUCCGCAUUUGAGGAAUCGGGCGAGAAAGGCGAAGACGAGAUCUCCGAGUCGGAUUCAGGAGAGGAAUUUAGUGUUUCGGAAACGAAGGAAGCUGGAAAGAAGCGACGACCAGUCCUCGAAACCAGUGAUAGCGAGGGAAAGGAGAGGAAGAGAAAUAAGAAGAGGAACAAAACGAGUGUCGAUUUCGAUGAGCUCCCAAUCUCUACUUCUUCCAUGAACAUGACUAAGAAGGAAAGAAGAGAGUAUCUUGACCAGCUUCGUGCAGAAAACCAGAGACUCUUGCGAGAAACUAGAGAAGCUGCCUUUAAACCCGCCCCUCUUGUUCGGAAACCUAUUUCGUCCGUCUUGGAGAAAAUUCGACGAAGAAAAGAGGAGAUUUCAAAACAAUUCCUUAGCAGGAAAAAGUCCAAAUUUAUCGACCUAUGUGACUGUUUAGAUGAGAAUGAUUUUGAGGAAGUUGUAAUCGAAGAGAUGAAUGAAGAUACGAAUUUGAAAUUUACAAGCAAGCAAAGUCAUGGAGGAGAGGAUUGUGUGGAUGACUCUGCAGGUCCAUCGACGAACUCAGGCAGUCCCUCUAACAAAAAAGUUGAAAGUAACGCUACUCAUCAGGAUCCAUCCAUGCGUUGUAAAACGACUAACUCUGGAGAUGAACUUCCAGAGAAGACGUCAAGCAGAUCUACGGAAGAAGUAAUGACACCAUCCGUACUUGCCAAGAACCUCAAACUGAACCUGACUCCUGCACCUGACAAUUGUUCUGAAGAAGCUGAGCACAUUAAGGAAAAUUCUGAUCAUGAGGAGACCCAAGAUUCACCUCCUGGCGACCCUGUCAGAAAAUUUAUUGACGAGGACGCUGAAGAGGAAGAUGACAGCGACAACGAUUUACUCCGGUUCGAUGGUGAGGAAGAAGACGAAGAUGAAGAAGAUGAUGAUGAUCUCGUGGAUAUGAUUGUUAGCCAAUUUAAGGAAGAUCCAGCUGAUAAGGACAGACGUGACGAACUGCAUCAGAAGUGGCUCGAGCAACAGGAUGCUGCAGGGACAGAGAAGCUCUUACAGAAGCUAAAACAUGGCUUGCAGCAGGAGGAAACAUCAUUGUCUGAAGAUGAAGACGACAAUGCUGAUGAUGAAGAGAGGGCUGGUGAUGGUGGUGAUGAUGAAGAAGUACAAAAACCUAUAGCCAGUGAAGAUGAAGAUGAAGACGAAGAAGAUCCGAGUCAUGCAAAUUCCAUGCGGAUGAACAUAAAGAAAAUAAAGGAAAUGAUCCCUUUGAUGUUCACAGAUGAAGAUGACGUUUAUGUGUCAUCCGACGAUGAGGAAAUGGAGAAGAAGCUCCUUCAACAGCGGUUAUACAGGAAAAUGGAGCUAAAGAACAAGUCUUCAUCAGCUAUCGGAGAUGAAAACUCUGAGGAAAUUCUUCGCUACAUUAAGAAGCCUGAGAUCCAAAAGAAAGCAAAACCUUCAUCUCUUAAAGAGAAGGCACUCAUGGGAAUAAACAAAAACCCCGCUGCAUCCAAGUCGUCGUUCUUGGGUAGACUUACAAAGAGUUCAAUGUCAGAAGGAUCUCGCAAGCGCGGAUCAAACGUUGUACGUGGCUAUAUAUUCGAACGUGAUGACAGUAACAGCAAAAGCUCAAAGUCAGUGCCAGAAGAACCUUCGGUUCCAGAAACGAUCACUCAAGAAAAGAGCCGAACAAGAAGAGCUCCGGCGAAAUUCACCGCCUCACAGUCGCAGGAGAGAUCAUCAGUAACAUCACAAGCAACCGCGGUGGAGGAGGAGACGAGCAAGAGGCAACGAACAACACUGUACGAGAUUCUAAAGAUGUCUUCGAAGAAAACUUGCUUCACUUCAGGCGAGACAGUGAUAAGCAGCAGCCACACUGAGUCUAUAUUUGCUGCUUUCAAAUUGGAUAAAAAACAGGGAAAGAGAUGA